AUGAUCGAGUAUAUUCUCAUCGUCUUUCACAUCAUCAUACUGGUUCAAUGUUCAUACUGUCCUAUAAAACAUAUUCAUUCGUCAACUCCAACGACAGGAUUCAUCGAAUCGCCCGGCUAUCCAUCUGCAUAUUCAGCUCCUCUUGAUUGUGUUUUCAACAUCACAACUGCUGCUUCCAAUGUCAUUCAACUAUCAUUCGUGACAUUCGAUUUGGCAUCUAAAAACCAAUUGAGUGACCAAUGUCUUGAUAGCUACCUCCUUGUGGUAGUUGUCGAUAGACACGGUAGACAACAUGUCGGAGAAAGAUUAUGUGGAACUACAGUACCCUCUUCAAUCAAUACAAUGCAAUCGUGGAUGCAAGUACAGUUUGUGACGACUUCAGCGAAUAAUAAGCAUCGAGGAUUUAGGAUUCAGUAUAGAAUACUUUCAGAAGCAGCAAUACAAGAACCAAUAUCAACGCUAGGAGAACCUAUUUUCAGUGGAUGUGGUGGACAUUCAACACCUGGACAACUUUCAGGUGAAAUUCUGUCACCCGGCUAUCCAAAUACAUAUCCAAAGAAUUCAACGUGUAACUGGUUGAUUCGGGUCGAAGCCCGUCAGAGAAUAUAUAUUCGAAUAGUUCAUUUACAUCUUGCUCCGACAAUUGCUGAGUGUGAACGGGCGUCUCUGACAAUAAUUGAUGGAUACAAACAUGAAAACUAUGGAACUGAUAGAAAAGAAUCAGCAUCAGAGACGUCGGAAGCAAAGUUCUGUGGAAGUCAAUUAUACUAUUCAGAAGAAGGGAUGAAGAGUUAUUUAUCGAGUGCAAAUCGGAUUGUUGUCAGAUUGGUAACACAAGAAGGGCCAGCAACAUCAAUGAUUGGAGAGGAAAGAAUUGGAUUUAAAAUUGUUUGGACAGCAGUUGAAGGGCUGAUUGGAGAGAAUGGAAUAGAUGAUGGGAUAGUUGGAGGGAAUGGAGGUGCUGAAGCAUGUAAAGAUCAAUUCGUUUGUCAUGGUGGACAAGUUUGUGUUGAACAGGGACAUGGAAUCUGUGCAUCUCGUUCUCGUCUCUGUAUUCACAGUUCUCUUGUUUGUGAUGGAAUUCACAAUUGUGUCGAAGGAGACUUCUCCGAUGAGCAACAUUGUUACUCUCGGGAAAUAAUAACAUCUGCUGCCCUCGGAUUCUCUCUAAUCGUUUUGACAAUGCUCGUCCUUGUAUGUUGUGAUCAAUUCAGGAAACGACGACGUCUUCGAGUAUUGAUAAGAGAAAGAAGAGCAACGGAGAAUGGGAAAUGUAAUAAUAAUAACAACAAUAGUGCGACAACACGAGUACAGCCGAACCGGUGA